UCAAGAUUCAUCAUCCAAAUGUCACUCGCAACUUUCAAUCUAACUCCUAACGGCUAUCACUUCUAAAUUAUACAAUAUGGAUAUGGAACUUCCGUAAUUGGAAUUAACAACAUGUACUAACUGUAUCGAUCAUUUGGCAUAACUAAUUGAAAAGAAAAAAAAAGAAAGAAAAAACAGACGGAUCUUUAGUGAAAAUGUCUUCGUUGAUUGUGGCGCAUGACCUGCACAUAAUGAUGCUCGAGGUAUCGCUGGACAAGGUCCACGUGCCACGCAGCUCGGCCUUCGAGGCGGCAGUGGUGAAGCAAACAGUGGUUAUGUUUCGACUCCUGGACCAGGAGUGGACCUCGAUGGUGCCACAGCGUGCCGAUCAUCACGCGUACCGUGGGACGAACCGGGAGGACGAGACCUUCGAGGGGGGCAGGUCGCUCGUUUUCUCCGUGCCCGAAGCCACUCUUGAGCGACCCAUGGAGGGACCUCUUCAUCUCCAGGUUCACGUGCACAAAGAGCUCUCCAGGUACUUUGAGCUUGAACCCUGUCAGAGUGUAGGCAUUGUCCUUCUUCGUGUCGAGCAUCUCUUCAAUGGAAUAAUCGGAGAACUCCUGGCCGAAAGAGAGGAUUAUCGGCACGAGCCUAAGGAACGUAAUCGUGAACCUAUAUCGAGAUCACUAAAGGGUAGAUUUAAAAUUCUCGACGAGAAUCUUCGCGAUAAUGGAGCCUUUCUUGAUAUUUACGUGAGGUUGAGUUAUUUCGGAAAAUCGAUCGUCACUAAAAUCGAGCUUGCCGAUACUCAGGAUCAACUCUUCUACCUUGGUCCAGGAGCUUCUUCGUAUUACCUUUACUGUGCCCAAGAGACCACGCUCGAGAAGCUUCAGAGUGGAUGCUGGACGAUAAGAAGCGCACCGUUUUCCUCAAAGAGGACACCUUUAUCUCUUGCGUGCGCUUGCCUUGCCAAUGAAGACGGUCACGCCGAUCAUCAGGAGAGAACGAGCGUUCGUGCAGAGCUCGAUCAACAUCGGCCUAUGGGACACGACGAACGGCCGAUGAUGUCCUCCUCCGACAAGAUCAUAACGGAAAAGUCCACGGAAGCCAAGGAGAUCAAGAAGGAUAAGAAGGAUCAUCGAGGGAAAAGGGAAUCGAUAGUGGAAGCUAAAGGGAAGAAGAAAUCCGGAAGGAAUCCGGAAUCCAUUUCCGCGGACGAAGAGGAGAAUCUCUCAAAGGGGUCGGCGGUAAAGGAUGGUCUCCCGAAAAGUGUGAAGGCUCGGAAAAAUAAAAAGACUCUAAACAAGGAAACAGACUACGAGAAGAUAGGGGAGACACCAAGUCUGGAGGUCAGAAAUAAGUUGGACGAUAAGAAAAAGGCAACCGCAAAGGGCACCGGGAAACUUCAUGGGAGCGCGAGUUCAAGACUAUUGACGGAAUCGACAGAAAAUAUAAUCGAUACGGAAUACACCGAGGGAAAUAGCGUGAAUCCACUGAAAGGGCAUAAGACAACGGAAGCAAUGAGAAGGAAGGAUACGGGAGAGUCCAGAGUUCGCGGUAGAUCCUUACAUAGACGAACGGGCGCUGGAACGGCUGUUACUGGCGCAACCAUUCCGAAAGGUCGCGCAAGUACUUGUCACGGCGCAACUUCUUCGGAGUCUCAUCAACCCUUUUGUGGCUACCUGCAGCCCGAGCUUUGUCAUCCUUGUCAUCCUUGUCAUCCUUGUCAUCCUUGUCAUCCUUGUCAUCCUUGGGAAAACUACUGCACCUACUAUCCUAAUGCUGGGAGUCACCUGACUUCUUGGCCUCGAUUGUGUCUUCGAACCAGCCACUGCGAGCUCUUGCGUAAUAACGGAGUUUAUACCUGCUAGAAGCUUGAAGUAUUCAUGAAAUACAGAAACAAAAAGGAAGAAGAAGAAGAAGAAGAAGAAGAAG